AUGCGCAAUCUUCAGCGCCGCGCCACCAAACCGCAGGAAAAGGCGACCGAGAAGUCGGACAAGGAAGCCGGUAGCCGGCCGGAUCAGAAGAAGCGGCCUGCAGACGAGGAGAAGGACAAAGACAGGGAGGAGGAGGAAGAGGAGGAAGACGAAGCCCCGGAUCCGACUGUGUUACAGCUCCUCGAUGUUAAUGCUUCAUCUUUAUGGCACCACCUGCGUGCCAUCAGGCACGGCGAAGCCGUGCACGAGCUGCGAGCGCGCAUGGCUUGCAGUUCCAAACCGCAGUCAGUGGUGACGGCAGAUCGGCCAAGGGUCGAAGACCCGAAGCCCAGUGCCGGAGAAUUCCUGAAAGCCUGCAAAGCUGCGCUAGCGAAUGCGGGUGAAACAAGUGCUGCCGCCGACGGUUCUUUGGAGGCGCAUUCUUCUUGCCCAUGUCUUGUUCCAGCGUCGGCCAUGCAAACAAUAUCGGGAGAGUCUUCGGAAAGCCUGACCAAGAAGACAAAGAAGGAAGGGCUUUCCGAACGGCGGCUGAAGCAGUACUCGGUGAGCUCUAAGCCUGGCAAGUUACCUUUGACCGUCGGCAUCACGGGAGCCAGGGCUGGAGAUGUGCUGCGUGGCGUGGAAGAUGCCAGCAGCGGGGACGUGGCCAAUGUAGUGUUACGUCUCGUCUCCGGCAUGGUCUCAGCACCGAGCAUUAUCCGCAGGAGCGUGGAGGCAGAAGUCGGUCGAGAGGCUCUCAUUGCGGCGGUGGCAAAGCAUUUCGGCGAGUCCCGCGCUGCGGCAACACUGCGAUACAACGACUUCCCUCAAACCGAGGUUCCAAAUCAUCAGCCGUUGGGCGCCGGCUGUUCGCAUGGCUUGGAGGAGAACUGCAGCUGUCCCCCUGCGGCCACCUUCGUCAUCGUGUCGCAAGGCGUGUGGCAGUCUUUCGCAGACCAGCACGGGAAUGGCGAGGAGCUUCAGGCCAUGGUGGAAGAAAGGCGGACUGUUUGCUGGCGCGAUGUCCUCAAGUUGAUGUACACGCCAGGUCUGCCGGAGGGAAAGAAGUUGAUCCUCCGCCCGCGGCUCUUCGAGAUCGUGGCAGGCCCUGAGCAGCUCCCAGCAACACACCCCGAGGUCAAGAAAGCUGACGUGCUUGAUGCGGUCAGCUGGUCCUCAGGUCGCUGUCAGGGCCCGGAACACGUGCACUACAAGCUGGAUGGCUACGUUGUGCGGGUCCCUGCCUCGUCCCAAGCAGCCUUCCAGAUGCAGGUGGAAGCUGUGCAAGAAGCAGUGGAUGGCCUCGUUCCGAGCUGUUCUGCUGACUCGGUGAGACACUGCAUUGCUCAGCUCCGGCCACUUAGCAUGGGGGCGCUGAAGAGCUGCCUUCAGAAGGUGAUCCGCUUCCAUGCUGUAGCUGUGGAUUGUGGUGAGCACAUCCCAUCGCCGCUGGUAGCUGCCACUGCGACCGCCCUCCUCUUCGCAAAUCGUGGCGGCUUCUCCCCAGAGCUGCAGCUCUUCACUCGCGGAUCUACAGCCGCCUUCAAACGCCUCGCAGUGAUCCUGCUGGAAGAUGCUUGGGUGAAGGAGGAUGCCACCCCAUCCUGCGUCACAGCACUUUUAGCCCUGGGCUUGGUCACCCAGCGCGUCGCUGACUACGAACCACCGCGCAGCUCAGUGGUGGCGGCGAUGCGAAUGGCUGCCCGGGCCGCGGCAUCAGGCUACAUAAUUGAUUGGCGGCAGAAGGCUUCGGCCCAGGUCCGGAAACCUGAUGAGCACAUAAACGUGUCGAAGGCGCAGGCCUCUUUGUUCCAGCACUCCGCCAAGCUCCUUCACUUGCUGCGAAGCUUUUCCGGGGACAUGGCGAUGUUCGACCAAGUCGCCGCCGCAAGCAGGGCGGGCAAACUGCCCUUGCAACAGGCGGCCAAGCGCCCGGAGGUCAUGCCUCUCUGCCACCUCGUGGACCAGCACACCUACCGCGGCAUCGCCCAUGUUUUGGGGGAAGGAGCAGAGUCCACCUUCGCUCUACGCUUCCAGUCGCUCUUCAGCAAGUGCACGGGUUUCAACCCUCGCCUCGCCGAUCCGGGCGAAGGCUUCGAGUCCAGGGCCGAGGUGCAGAGGGCCCGCUUCGCUCAGCAGUGCUGCCUCAAUGCGGCGCAGCAAAAGCCAAAGACUCUGCUUCCUCUCAUCUCUGACGGUGCUUGGGUCAGCCUGGAACUUGAUCCCGGCGUCCUCUCUGCGGCCGUCGGCCCAGUGCCUACGAAGGUCCAAGGCAAGCGUGGAAGCCGUGACCUUCUGGUCUUGCUGGGGGUACGGUGUCCGGAAGACGAGGUCGUCAUGCAGAAGCCAGCAAGGGCCACACGCGACCUCUUUGGCGACCUGACAGACCAGGAGCGGGCCGAAGCUGUAGCUGCCGUUCGCAGCCGGCAGCUGCGAGUGCAGUCGCUGCUGCUUCCAGGGCUGCACGAGGCCAAGUUCGUUGAUGGGUCCUGGCAAGUCGAUGGCACCAAGUGGGCCGACCUCCUGAGCAAGGGCAUCCGGAUCAAAGUGCCGCAGGUGGCCGCACCGUCUUGGUGCGACACCUUGAACGCGAAGAAUGCAGAAGCCCUGCUGCGGAAUGAUGCGGCUCUGGAGGAGGCCCUCGGAGUUUCCGGAGCCGGCAUGAUUCCACGUGCAGAGGAGGUGGUGCUCACCCUGGUGAGCUCCUUGCCGCAUGCGGUGUCGCUGAGGGCUGUCUCCCUCCUCCGGCAACAGUAUGUGAGUGUCUCCAUGCCAACACCUUCGCUGCAGGGCGGUUUGGCCGAUCAGUUGGCUGCCUACGACGGAGAUUGGCUGGUGUAUCGACUGCUGGUCCUCAUAUCGCGCAUUGCUCCGACGGCUCUGCGCCCCACGAUGCCACCGAACUUCACCGUGACCAACCCUGUCAUCCUGCGAGUCGUCGAAGGAUGGAUGAUGGCUGGUGUGGAGCGGGCCAUGCUCAGCCAAAAUGCUCUCGCCUCUAUGUCCCAAAGCUCUGCUCAGUGGGAGGGGCAUCCAUCCUGGACUUCUAUGUCACGUGCCGACGAGUCUCUCCUGGAGCACCAGCGUGAAGCGGUCGACAGGAUGCACCAGCGAGAUCGCGAAAUGAAAUGCGGAGGACACUUCCUCAUCAUGGACACUGGCCUGGGCAAGACAGUGACCUCACUGGUCUAUGCCUACAGGUGGCUUUGCAGCACGGGCGGCAAGGCAGUGCGACGGAUCCUUUGGGUCACCCCAGCCGGUACAGUGGAGAAUCUGGUGAAGCAGCUCUGUCAGACGUGGCAUUGUCCCACGCACGUUGUGCCGCGGAUCUCAUCCGCCAAAAAGCCCAAAGCCGGGGAAGGAUUCGGGCUAGAUCUCAAGGACUUCAUGGUGAACGUGAUCCAUGCAGAUCACCUGAGAACUGCCAUCGACAAAGGCUUGGCCGAGCAGGCUACAUCUUCGUUCAUCAUCUUUGAUGAAGUGGAUGAGAUGUAUGCACCAACACUGCGAACGUCUGCGGCCCGCAGACUGUGCCAACUCUGCCCAAAGUUUGUCGCGCAAACAGCGACCCCAAUGCGCAAGAACGAGUCGCAGUUAUUGGCAUGGUUGGCGGACACGUGCUCAUUCCCGGUCGACACCAAGAACUGGCUUGUGGCGGCCUCUGGAAUGGUGUCGAUGCAGCUGGAGCUAGGCAUUGCAGCCGUCGAGGAAGAUAUUCUCGUGCCGAUGGUGGAUGAGGUUCGCACUCUGUGCCGCAAGCUGCUCUCCUCGAGCUCUACCGUGCGAUGGCUGGAGAUGGCACGUGUGGUGCAGGAACACACGGACAAGGCCAUGGCAGAGGCAGCGGUGAAAGCUGCAAAGCAGGACCGCAAAGCCAACGCAGACGGUGGAGUUCUGCUGGUUGCCGAUUCGCUCCAGCAUGCCGCGAAGCUGAGAGACCUGUGCAGCCCUCAUCUUCCUACGGGUGACUUCGCCUCCUUAGAAGCGCCAGAUGCAAAGCGCUUUGCAAUCGUGGUCAUCACGAAGGACAAAGAUCGGGGAUACAACUCCGCAAGACGCCUCGGAGUCAUGGUGACUGGAGCCUAUGCAGGCAACGCUGCAUCGAGACAUCAGCUGCGCGGUCGACUGCGACGUCUGGGGCAGAAGCGCAAGGAGGUAAGAUUCGUGACCGUCUGCAUGGAGAAUUCUAUCCUGCACCUGCUUCAUCAACGCCACAGCGCUGUGGAUACAAUGAACAUCUCGCUCGAGCAACUUGGACAGCGCUUCAGCGCCGAGGCGGCGAAGGUCUUUGCCAUCAGAAGGUUUGCGGAGGGUCAGACGACGACACUGCCCGCCGCCAUGGCACUUCGCCUGGUCUUGGGGGCGAAACCCGGCGCUGGCAGGCUGCUGGCAAAGCUGUCGGAUAGCUUUGUGGCUCUCUGCUCACAAGCGCCUCUGAAGCCAUCGGACGAGGAAGUGUUGCCAUUCUUGACACAGCUGCAGCUCGCGGUGGAGGCCCUUCCCGCACAGCGCGGCGUUCAGUUCCUGGGCUUGGGCCUGUCCACCCCGUCGGGAACACUGCGGGAGGCUUUGACAGGGGAAGUUGAGGGCCUCGCCGCGCUCCAUCCGGGAAACCUCCUUCUUUGGCGAGGUUGCACGUCCGUGACCUCUGAUCCCAUGCUGGCCAAGGAGGCCGCUUUGGAGGGAGGAAGUGUUGCACUCGUGUUCAAGGUUCGCAGCAGUUCCUCAAGGGAUGUUGCAGCGUACUCUCCGUCGCCUGACCUCCGGGAACGGCUUCUGCCCCCAAGGCGGUGUUUCCGAGUCCAGGGAAUCUUCGCCCUGGAGGACAUGAUUCUGCGAAGAGGAACAUCCUCUUCAGGCAACUCUGGGGAGCUCCUGGAGGCGUUUGAGGUACCCAAUGUCGGGUCACUCGGCUCCUUCGGGGCCUUAGCAUGGGAGGAAGCCUGCACAAGGAAGGCAGCCUGCGUGGUGCUGGAUGAAGACGAACAGCCUCAGGUUACGUCGCUGGCGGCCAAAGUAUGA